GAUACUACACCCACCACCUAUAAAUACCACCCAGAUUUGCUUCUAGAGACUUGUUGCCUCGGUCUAAAAAAUGGGUAGCAACAGUAACACAAACACCGUCCAACCACCACCUCAAUACGCUCCCUACCGCCUCGUCAAAACCUUAACCGCCCACCAAUCCGCCGUCUCCUGCGUCAAAUUCUCCAACAGCGGCAAACUUCUCGCCUCCGCCUCCUUAGACAAAUCCCUCAUCCUCUGGAAUGCCGAAAACCUAACCCUAAUCUCCCGCCUCAACGGCCACACCGAAGGCGUCUCCGACCUCGCCUGGUCCUCCGACUCACACUACAUCUGCUCCGCCUCCGACGACAAAACCCUCCGCAUCUGGGACGCACGCGCCGCCGAAUGCGUCAAAACCCUACGCGGCCACACCGAUUUCGUCUUCUGUGUAAAUUUCAGCGUUCAUUCGAACCUCAUCGUCUCCGGAUCAUUCGAUGAGACGAUUAGGGUUUGGGACGUAAAAACAGGGAAGACUAAUCACGUAAUCAGAGCUCACUCGUUACCCGUGACCUCCGUGCAUUUCAACCGAGACGGAUCGCUGAUUGUUUCCGGCAGCCACGACGGUAGCUGUAAGAUUUGGGAUACCGCAACCGGAACCUGUUUGAAGACGCUCAUCGACGAUAAGGUUCCAGCGGUUUCUUUCACCAAAUUCUCACCUAAUGGAAAGUUUAUACUCGUCGCCACACUUGACGAUAAUCUGAAGCUCUGGAACUACUCAACUGGAAAGUUCUUGAAGAUGUAUACAGGUCAUGUAAACAAAAAGUAUUGCAUAACGCCUACGUUUUCUGUGACAAAUGGUAAAUACAUCGUGAGUGGUUCAGAGGACCAUUGUGUCUACAUUUGGGAUUUACAGGGGAAGAAUCUGCUUCAGAAACUAGAAGGGCAUACUGAUACGGUUAUUUCUGUAAAUUGCCACCCAACAGAGAACAUGAUUGCGUCUGCAGGGCUUCUUGGUGAUCGAACAAUUAGGAUAUGGGUUCAACCAAGUUAAGGAGGAAAUCUAAAGCUGUUUUGUUGUGUAUCUACUGUUACUUCUGUAUACCUAAUUCAAGACUUGUAAAAUGAGAUUAAUUAUGGUCAUUCUGGUUAGGAAAAAGAUUUCAGUAAUUUUACUUGAAAGUAGUUUACAAUUUACAUACCAAAAUCGACUCACUCGUGCCUGGCAUCAGUUGAUGAUGGUUUUUCAAGCAAAAGAUUAAGGACUGUUUCUUAAACCAAAUGUGUCUUCAACACCACUGGUGACCUUCUUCCUUCUCUCAGCAAUCAUUUCCUUAUAUGCCUGAAUGAACAAAAAGAAAGAAAGAAAAAAGCAUUUAAGACCUGAUAGUAUCAGCCACACUGUGAAAGAUGAAUGAUGAAAUGGUUCUAAGUUGUCCAUACUUCAUACCUUUGGGUAAGAAUAGAGAAAGAUGUACCACCAGGUGCAGAUUAAAGUGGAAGCAACUGAAGUGGCUAAGACGUUGUGCAAUAUUAGCCAGCUUCCACCAAUGAUGGAUGUUCCAGUGAGGGCAAUUGUCCAUGGUUGACACCUAAAACAAUAAAUUAAUAAGCAUUGAAUGAAUCAAUCUCAACCAUAAGGCCUAUUGAUUUUUAUCUAUGGAUCAUCAUGCACUUGUAGAUGUGGAAGGCUAAAAAUUUUCAAGUGUCAUUUAUACAAACAGCUAAACUUCAAUUCAAAAGACAAUAGCUGCAUGGGAGUGUACCAUAGAUACUAAAAAAGCAUUGAUCUGUCGUGUUUUUUUUUUAUCCCUUUCUGAUUUCUGAAAUCAACUUCCCAAUGCAAUCAGAAUGAUCCGCCAGUAAUUUUCACAUCAUACACUUCCUCGCAAAUUGUACAUGUCAAAUGCUAAGAAAUUCUUAAAGUGUCGUAUAUAAAAACAGCUAAAGCUCAAUUCAGAACCACAGUGCAUUUGGGAAAAACAGAGAUACGGACCAACGCAUUCGUUUCUAUCAAUCAACUUCUAAAUGCGCAACAAUUAUCUAUCUGAAUGGAUUCAGGCUCUAGCUUAGCAACCGCAACAAAUACAGGAAUUAAGAAGAUAAAAGAGAAAAGUGGAUUAAAAUUUACCAAGAAGGUUUGGUGUCCCAAACUGAAUCGUACUCGAGUGAAAGGUAGUUGAGAUAUCCGUCCAUGUCUUCCACCACGCCUUCCUCAUCCAGG